AUGGUCGUACUGACACGAAUUCUAGGUUAUACGGCAAAGGUAAUCUAAUAUUAAUGACGUAUUUGGUAUUCCGUUCUCAUCAAGUUGAUUAGUAUUAAUUAAUAAUAAUAAAUACGCACGAAUGUCGAUUAAUGGAUUAAUUGUUUAGUUACCAAGGAAAUUUUUGCGGCAAGGAUUAGUCGACAGUCUACGUAUUCAUGUAACUGGAGGUACCGGCGGUUCUGGAUUACCAAAUUAUGGUGGAAUAGGCGGAGCAGGAGGAAAUGUAUAUCUUGUUCCAAAAGAAAAAAUAACAUUACGAAAUGUUAAAUACAAAUUAGAAGGUUUGAAAUUAAAAGCAGGAACAGGAAGCGAUAGUAGCAAGAAAGGACUUAUCGGAACACCUGGAACGGAUUUAAAUAUAAAAGUUCCAAUUGGCAUCACUGUUUAUGAUCAGAAUCGCAUUAAACUUGGUAAUUUAUUCAUAAUCGUUUGUGAAAAUGUAGGAACAGUGAAUUCAAAGGAUACAAAAUUGUUGGUUGCUAAAGGUGGAACAGGAGGAUGCGAAAGGACAGGUUUCUGUUCUCUUAAAGGCGAAAGUCGCACUAUAGUCCUUGAUCUUCAGUUAAUUGCUGACGUUGGUUUAAUAGGGUUUCCAAAUGCAGGAAAAAGUACAUUUUUAAAUGUAAUUUCAAAUGCUAAAUCAAAGAUUGCAGAUUAUCCAUUUGCAGAUUUACCAGGUUUAAUUGAAGGUGCAUCUCUUAAUAAAGGAAUGGGUCAUACAUUUUUAAAACACAUAGAGAGAACAAAAUUAUUAUUAUUUAUUGUAGACAUUCAGGGAUGUCAACUUUCCAUUAAACAUAAACAUAAAUCUUGCCUAGAGACCGUGCUCUUAUUAAAUAAAGAGAUUGAACUUUAUAAUUCUGAUUUGUUAGAUAGACCUACAAUGAUUAUAGUAAAUAAAAUGGAUACAAAUGGAGCAAGUGAAAUAUAUGGUGAAAUUGAACAAAAAUUAAGUAAUUUAUCAGAAUUCUUUUCAGAAUUCGAUGAAUCAAUUCAACCAAAAAAAGUAUUGCAAUUUGAUGAUAUUAUACCAACAUCUUUAAUUUUAAAAAAUACAAAUGAAAUACAGGAAAUUAAAAAGAAGAUUAGAUACAUUAUUGACAAGUAUGAAGAAGAAAAAAUUUCUACUCAAAUGGAUUCAGAUGAAGAUCGCUUACGUACAAAAUUAAAACAACAAUUGCAACAAUACGCGCCAACAUUUGUAUAG